GUGAUUAAUAUCUGCACGUGUGCGAUAUUCAUCAGUAUUUACUUGCACUAUUCUUUUUAUUAGUAUUAUUGAGUACUUAAGGCAUAUUAAUAAACAGUAUAACAUUUUCUGCUCAAUAUGCCCAAAGUGAAAAAGGAAAAAGGUCCUAGUGACUAUGGCAAACAGGGUAUAAUGUUCAAAAAAGAUUUUGGACAACAUAUAUUGAAAAAUCCACUCAUUAUUCAAGGAAUGGUAGAAAAAUCAGCUUUAUUACCAACAGAUACUGUACUCGAAAUUGGUCCUGGAACAGGAAACUUAACUGUAAAGUUAUUAGAACGUGUUAAGACAGUGGUAGCUUGUGAAAUUGAUGUUAGGUUAGUGGCCGAGUUGAAAAAGCGUGUUAUGAAUACGCCAUACCAAAAUAAGUUGCAAAUAAGAGUUGGAGAUGUUCUUAAAUCUGAACUACCUUUUUUCAAUGUUUGUGUAGCUAAUAUUCCAUAUCAAAUAUCAUCGCCUUUGGUUUUUAAAUUACUUUUACACAGGCCUUUUUUCCGAUGUGCUGUUCUUAUGUUCCAAAGAGAGUUUGCUUAUCGUCUAGUGGCCAAGCCUGGAGAUAAACUAUACUGUCGUUUAUCAAUUAACACACAGCUCUUGGCAAGAGUUGAUCUUAUAAUGAAGGUUGGAAAAAAUAAUUUUAGACCUCCUCCAAAAGUUGAGUCCAAUGUAGUGCGUAUAGAACCUCGUAAUCCACCACCUCCGAUUAACUUCAAAGAAUGGGAUGGCUUAACAAGAAUUGCAUUUUCCAGGAAAAAUAAAACAUUAGGUGCAAUUUUUAAACAAAAUGCUGUUGCAGUAACCUUGGAGAAAAAUUAUAGAGUUUAUUGCUCUUUAAAAAAUCAAGAAAUAGGAGAAGACUUUGAUAUUAAACAAAAACUGGAUGAUGUUUUAAAUAAAAAUGAUUUUUGUGAAAAAAGAGCAAGAAAAAUGGAUAUUGAUGAAUUUAUUGAAUUACUACUUGCCUUUAAUAAGGAGGGAAUUCAUUUUCAAUGAUCACAAAAAAAUCUGGAUAUGUAAUUUUUAAAUUUAAAACUGUUAUAACUUGGAUUUAAAAAAUAAAUAAAUU